AUGGCCGGCGUUCCGGCCAAGGGGAGUCUACUUACACCUGCCGGGAGUGCCCCGGCGGUCUGCAUGGGGGAUCCUCUGCUGGAUCGGGCGGCGGCGGAAGAUGAAGGGAGGAAGGAUGGGCCACGUUUGGUGGAUCCACUCGGACGCGGAGGCUCUGAUCUGUCUGGGGCGGAAGAUGGAGAGGAUAGAGAGAGGGAGGAGGUGGAGCAGAACUUGGAGGAGGAAGAAGAAGAUGGUGGAUAUGUCGGGGCUGAUGAAGAUCUGGAGGAUCAGUUCGCGGGUAUGAAUCUGCACGGUGAGGAGACGGAAGAUCUGGAUUUUUCCGGCGAAGUGGAUGAUUUAAUCAGAGAGGUGCGCUGGUUAGGCAUAUUUAGGGUUCAUACUACUCGUCCCUUCGGGCACUCGGCGCUGCUCAACCAGAUGCGCAAUGCUUGGGCUGCUGCGAAAGGUGUCACGUUCAAUAUCAAGGGACCCAACUUAUUCCUUGUUCAAUGCCAUUGUCUUGGGGAUUGGAAAAGGAUCAUGGAGGGAGGGCCUUGGCUUUUUCGCAAGGCGCCGGUAGUUAUUCAAGAGUAUGACGGGUUCUCCGAUGUCUCCCAGUACAAACUUAAUAAGAUCCCGGUGUGGGCGAGGAUCAAAGGCUUGCCGCCGGGGCUGACAGCAAAGAAGGCCUUAGCAGAGAAGGUUGUAGCCAAGGUGGGAGGGCCACCCUUUACAGUAAUGGUGAAUGAGGGAGUGAUAAACCCUAAUAACUCUUUAAGGGCAAGGGUGUAUCUGGAUGUUAAUGAGCCCCUUGUUCGUUUUGUGCCAAUAACUCUAAGAGAGAGCAAGAGAUACCCAGUGGCAUACGAAAAACUCCCCGAUUUCUGCUUUCGUUGCGGAUUGAUGGGGCAUAUAGCAGAGGAAUGUGGGGAUGGGGUGCAUGACCCAAGGACAUUUGAAUGGGGUGACUGGCUGCUUUGGGCUCCGGAGCAGAACCCUGGAGUUCAACCAGACCGGGACGAUGGAGGAAGAGGUGCUACCAGAGGAAGAGCAGGCGGCAGGGGUGAGAGAGGAGGAAGGCAGGGAAGAGGUGACAGGGCAGGAGGAAGAAACAACGCAGGCAGAGGCGAUGAGGUGGGAGAGGAUGUGAACUACCAGACCGGACAAGGGGGAGCGGGGGAGAAGAAUAUUCGCAAGAGGCUGGUCUCACCAGAUGGUACGAUGAAUAUCAGAGGGCAACCAGUUCCUAACCUAGCAGGCAAGGUGGCGGAUACAGUCCUUAUGUUGGAGGGGGGCUCAACCUCAACAGGCAAUGAGGGCGAGCAGAAAACUCCAGGCAAAGUACCGAUAGUAAAGAGAAGGAAGCAGGGGGAAACAGGAGAUGCUCAACGCGACGAGCUAAUGUCGGAGGCGGCCUCCCGUGAGGAGGACCGCUGA